AUGGAUUCUUUGUGUGGAUAUCUUUCAGACGAAGAAUACGAAGAAGAAGAGUUAACCAAGGAAGCGAAUCUUACUGAGAAACUGCAACCGAAAGAUAGUGCGCAAAGUGAAGAACGUGAAAUAACUGAAGUUCGAAGAUCAUCAGACAUUCCUUACAAGAAACAACUAAGUGAAACUCGAGCAAAUAGCUUUCUGGAUCCUGAUAGUUACACUUUAGAAAGGCUUAACAUAUAUCUGCAGAACUAUCUGAAUCAAAUGAGUAUGUCUAGUUGUUUUUUGUAUUUACCAUGGUUUCCUUCCAUGCAAACUUUAAAAAAGCUUGAUUCAGCCGCUACGAAAGCGAUUUCACAAUUAAACAAAGCAAAUAUAUCUAAUCUUAAGCAUUUCAAUUGGGGAGGUAUAAAAAAUGGUGACAUGAAACAUCAUAUUAGCAUAUAUCCAAAUAUUGUGGGUAAAAGUCAUCAAAUUGACCAGCUUACGGAGAACUUAUCGCAAGGCAUUUCGAAUAUGGCGAUCAAUAGUAGAUUAACUAAGGUAACACAAGAAGAAGCUCGUAGAGUUCAAAGGCUUAAUCAGUUGCUUCAUAGAAAUAACGCUGAUGGAGUGCUAAAACCUAAAAAGUUCAUUAAUUUGGGUGUUACUUCGCACCUUCUGUUAUUCAAGAGUAAUACAUCAAAUAAGUUGUUUUUGGCUUUAACUUUGGACCAAAAGUCUACUUAUUCCAAGAGAUUUUUCUCUGACCUUACUUCUCUCGUGCAAGAGAAUGUUGAACUACUUGACCUCACCCGAUGCUCGUCGUUGGAGCCUAACUUCCACAUUUCGAUCAAAGUCGCAGAGUCCCCCUUCGUCAAAUUGACUAAUUCGGAGUUUCUGCAACUCGUGGAUUCCCUCAAACACUUGACCUUGGACCUCAGAGAUGUUAGAGUCACUGUCAAUGAAUUAAUAGUAUAUCAUUUGAACCAUAAAAAGAUGUUCACGUCAAUUCCAUUCAAGAUAUAG